CUCCAAUUCGUCAGUGAACACCAAGCAUCAUGUCGCGCAUCAUCCUCGUACCAGGCAAUGGAAACGAUCAAGUCGAAAUUUCCAUGUGGUAUCCCUCUGUCAUUAACGCGCUCACAGCCGCAAAACACCCAAAGACAGGUCACCUGUUGUUUCCAGGUGGGAAUGUCCUACGCACAUUUCCUGACCCCUAUGAAGCGCACGAAGAGAUUUGGAUACCCUUUAUGGAAGAUACCAUUGGGAUUAAUGAACAGGAUGUAGUCAUUGGUCAUAGCAGUGGAGCAGCUGCUAUUAUGAGAUACAUCGAAUCUCGGAAGGUUAAGGGUGUUGUCCUUGUGAGUGCAUAUCACUCCGACCUCGGUGAUCCCUCUGAACGAGAAGCAGGAUAUUUCAAUAGGGCAUGGAAUUGGAAUUCUAUGAGGGCUAACACCGAGUGGAUUACCCAGUUUUCGAGUCCAGAUGAUCAUCUGGUUCCCAUCGAGGAACAACGCGAGGUAGCAAGCAAAAUCUUAGGGAUCGACUAUAUUGAACUCCCAGAACGUGGCCACUUUAUCAAAAAUCAUCAUUUUCCGGAACUGGUUGAGAAUGUUAUUCGAAAAAUGUCUACCUAGGGGCCUUAUGACAGAUGCAUGAGAAUUUUUGAGUAUAGUAGGCAAUAACAUUACUACUGGUUGAGAAAGUUUGUUUUAAAAGAAGAAAUGAAACUAUACAACGCUAGCACUAUCUUUUCGGUAUACGCUUCAUGCUGUUUCGAAACAUUUCAAUACCACCGACGCCUUUUUUGCCUCCUAUUAUAUCUCGUUCGCCCUUGAGUUGCAUAUUACGAUUAUGAAAUGAGAAUCAUCCAGGCAAUAACAAAGUAGAAUAAGAAUAAAGGAUAAACGCCAAGGGCACGGCGGUUGGCGAGAUUUGAGUCAGAUAGGAAUCCCAAAGAGGCCCAGGCAGCCCAACCAAAGGCUACGAUACACAAUGGUAGUCGGAUGAUGAGGGAGCCCACAAAUAUAGAUACCACACUGACAAGCACAAGCGG